AUGACUACCAAGGAAGGAAAGAAGGAACCGAAAAGACCUGUUAUACUUGAUCUUGGAUCAGAUUCAAGUAUGGAGGAUAUUGAACCUGACUUACCUAUUGAUAAUCAGAGACCCUGUAAUUUGGAAACACCUGCUAGACAAGAAGACCAUAACAAUGAUUCUGAUCACGAUCUCUCUGAUUCAAUUAUACUUCUUGAGGAAAAGCCACAAUCUAGACCAAGUUCAAUAAAUCAAGCCUCAUCUCAUCCUAACUCGGAGUCCUGCGAUAUCGACCUUGUACCUUAUGAUGAACUCGAAGAUCAGUUAGCAGGCAUUGAUAGAGAUCACAUAGAUAUGUCUACUGAAAGACAGAUUCAAUCGCAUACCCCUUCAAGCGCUCACACUCUUGCAUGCUCGAAUUCAUCAUCACUCGGUCACAAUGACGAACUUGAUGAAGAAAUAGAAUAUAUACAAGCUCAGCAAGUGAACACUGAUCAAGAUCUCAUCAACUUAUCUCUUGAUGAACAGAACAAAUCUAAUACUCCUUCACGCAUUCAAAAUCUGCCACAGUCUACAUCAUUCUCCCUGGAUCAUCUUGAUUAUGAUGAAGAAAUGAAUCGAUCAGAAAUUGGAAAGAAAGAAGAUCGGCUUCUUAUCUUAACACAUUUAAAUGAAGAAUCAAGUAUCGAAGAAUUGAUUAAAUUUGUCAAAACAGGUGAAGAUCCUAAAAAGAAAAUCAAAUCAAUUAAACCAGAAUCAAAAUCGGAUCUUAAAUUACCACAACCAUUGAGGAUUUGGUGUGAUCUGAAUUCACGUGGGUAUCCAAAAAGUUUAUGGGAUUUCGUUUCAAAAUCAAAACGGAAUUAUAUUGGUGAAAAAUUUAAUCAUGGAAAUUCAAAUCAUCGAUUUAUUAUUAUUGAAUACGAAUUUAAUUUUCAAAAAGAAUUGGGUUAUAAGUUUUUUAAAGGUGGGGUACAUGGAAGUAAUAGUACAUUUUAUUCGGGAUCUGUUAUGGUUCAUUUCUUGGAUGAUCUUAAUGAUCUUAAAGGGUGUGAUUGUAUAUAUGAUCAAAAUCCUGAAAUCAUUACAUGUAAAAUUGUAAGAGAAAACUUUCAAAGAUUAAUCAAAACAUUAAUUUCAAUUGGCCAAGAGAGAAAAGAAAAAGAUUUAAAACCAGUUUGGCAAAAGUUAACAAAAGAAAUCAUUGAAGAUAAUUUUACAAAAAGUUUAAAUGAUGAGGAUUUAAUGGUAGGAGAUUUUAAUGAGUAUUUAAAAGAAGCUUCAAGAGUUGGAAUUGUUAGGAUGAGUAAAGUGAUUGUUGGUAAAGAUUUAAAUCAAGUUGAUCUUUUGGGAUUGGGUGAAUCGAUUGUACAUUGGCAACUUAUGAAACCUUUUAGGAAAUUGAUGGUAAAAGACAAUUGA